GACUUUUUUCGCUCAGGGUUUGAAGUCGCUCGAAGGACCGAGAAGAUCCGAAUGAUAAUAGGUUACCAUGUUCAAACUCGUCCGCCCCUACUUCUUCAUUACCUUUUAACUCAUGAUAUAUCGAGUUAGAGUCAACAACUUCGAGGUCCUGAACUACCUUCUGGGACAGAAGAAGUACUAGUGCCAGCAUCAAUAGACACAGUAGGUUUCUCACCAGCCUUCCCCAUCAGAAGCUUGCUACCAACAACUACCUGGGACUAAUUACUUGUAGCCAAGGAUGAUAACAUAGUGUUAUUUCUCGCCCACAACCAGCACCGGUACCAUGGCCCACGCAGAGCUUGAUCGUCUCCAAGCAUGUUUGAACUUCGCACUUGACACCCUCCGCAAGGAGAUGGACAACUCUCAACUUCCUCCCCUGAAUCAACACAGCUCAGUACAACACCCGUUGGAUGACCCAACGGCUUACCUCCCCAGCGCGGCGUUAUUCAAUGCUCGCCGCCUUUCUCUAGCGUGCCUGGGAGAACUAAAGAACCUUAUCCAGCCACCCUUGGAUAAACGCAUGGAUGAAAAGUUCUCAACGUAUAGCGCUGCCUCUAUCGAUACCCUCAUCAAGACCAGUAUCAUCGACUACCUGUCUGACUUGUCAAAUCCCUCCGAAGGUAUCCCAGCCACUGAAUUGGCCUCAACAUUUGGACUGGAUUCUCAAAAGCUCGUUCCCAUUCUCCGCUGCUGUGCAGCCAACGGUUGGGUGCGGGAGACCCGUGAUUCCUCAUUUGCUUUGAACAGAUGCUCGCGCACUUUCGUCAAAGGUCACGCAGGUCGGAGACUGAACCUUUCUACGCCUGGGUUUAUGUCAGUAGUCGCAGCCAUGCCACGUUGGGUAACGGAAUCGGAUUGGAAACUCUCGCGUUCUCCAGCGCAGACUGCUUUCCAGAUCGCGUUCAAGACUCCCUUGCAACGAUUUUCCUGGGUCAUGCAAAAUCCACAGGCCCUGAUUCCACUGGCGGAUCAUCUCCAAGUCCUUGGUGACAUGUCUACGCCGAGUAUUGUAGCAGACUACCCAUGGGAACAACUGGAAACACCCAUCAUCGUUGAUUGUGGAGGGGGAGAGGGUGGUCUAGUUUCGGCCAUCCUAGACGCACAUCCUUCCUUCCAAGCCAUCGUGCAAGACAUGGAGAAUGUUGUCGCACUGACAAGUUCGAUUAUGAAAGAACGCCGCCCUCGUGAUAUAGAAAGCGGUACACUUAAGGUGGAAUCCUACGAUCUUUUCCAGUCUCAACCAAGAAUCGGAAACGAGUAUAGUUUCAUCUUGCGUCAUAUAUUGCAUGAUUGGCCUGACGAAGAAGCGUCCAAAAUACUCAUCAUCGACAUGGUAACUAUCCCGAACGUAGAUUCGACUGCUACAACGAGUGUCAAAUCAUUCCUAAUGGACGGCGAUGACAAACACCCCGACUAUUGUGUUCCAUCGCACUUUGGUUCAGCAUCCAAACUAGUCAACGCGUACUCAGUGCACAUGCUGUCCUUGAUGAAUGGUUGCGAGAGGUCUUUGCGCGAGUGGGAGAACCUUGUUAAAGGGUGCGGGCUCUGCAUCACGAACGUUUACGCGCUGCGAGCUCACGCUUCCGUUAUUGAGUGUACGCUUGACGCACAAGGGUUGUUGUAACAACAGAGAUUUUUGGAUCCCAGAAUAAUGUCAACUUUUUCC